GCCCGAUAUUGGGAUAUCAACUGAUCCUGGGUGACGCUUCUGCUCCGUCGACCCAGUCUGCACAACAACCGACGACUCCGCAGCUAUCAGGGCAAAAGCGCAGGAGGGACUCGAACUCUUCGGAAUUACCAGGCGAGGAGGAGAUCGCUGAGGAACUACGUUGUGCUAUCUGCCAGGACUUGAUGUAUCGGCCGGUGAUGGUCUUAGACUGUUUACACAAUUUCUGUUCGUCUUGUCUGAGCCAAUGGUUACAGCGCCACACCGACUGCCCUCAGUGCCGAUCUAGAGUGAGAAGUGUGAAGCCCAAUCGCACUGUGGUCAACCUUACAGAGAAGCUUGUGGAGGAUAGACGAUCGGAUCAGGAUAAGCGGCAGUCGGACGAUUCGGACACUCUGCUGAAAAACGA